CUGAGCAGGUUCGGCCGAGCUGGGCCGCGGGGGGAGGAGGGCGGGACCCCCUGGCACCCCCCCUGCAUGGAGCCACUCCCGGCUUGGGGAACCUUUUCCUGGCGCCUGAUUUAAGACGCGGAGGCGACUCCAGGCUCGGGCACGCCUUAAUCCCGGAGAAAGGCUUUUAGGGAAAGGUCGGGAAGGGACUUGCGGCUUUUCUCGGCUCUCAGCUCGGGUUCCCGGUAGCGGCCCGCGCGGGGGGGCGGGGCUGUGCCUGCGGGUCCCACAGCUCCGUCUGUGCCCCCCAAAGCAGCAGGGAGCAUUUCCAUGGCCAUGCUGAAGAAUUUGGGGGUGUGAGUGCCCUGCCAACGCGGCUUCAGCCCCAGAGCAUGGACGGGGGGGGAUUCAGCCCGUCUGCCCCUCAGUGAGACACCGCCUGCAGAACUGCCCCAGCCCUGGGCCCAGCACAGGAGGGACCUGGAGCUGCUGCAGAGAGCCCAGAGGAGCCACGGAGCUGCUCUGAGGCCCGGAGCCCCUGUGGAGCCAGGCUGGGAGAGCUGGGGGUGUUCAGAGAAGGAUCCAGGACAGGCCCUUCCAGGCUCUUCAGAGCCUAUCCAGGGCCUAAGGGGGCUCCAGGAGAGCUUGGGACAAGGGAUGGAGGGGCAGGACAAGGGGAAAUGCCUUCCCGCUGCCGCAGGGCAGGGUUAGAUGGGAUAUCGGGGGAAAUUCUUCCCCGUGUGGGUGAUGAGGCCCUGGCACAAGGUGCCCAGAGCAGCUGUGGCUGCCCCUGGAUCCCUGGCAGUGUUCUAGGCCAGGUUGGACACUGGGGCUUGGAGCAGCCUGGGACAGUGAAAAGUGUCCCUGUCCCUGAAACUGAGUGAUCUUUAAGGUCUCUUCCAACCCAAACCCUUCCAUGAUUCAUGAUUCUAUAAAUAAUUCCCUCCGCAGCUGAGGCAGGAAGGGCUCUUGCAGCACCUCCCAGGUGGAUGAAGUGGGAUCCCUGGGGCUGUGGGGUGACUCCUGUUUCUCUUCCAGCCCGCACGCUCGCUCCCUGCUACUCGGCCGACCUGCGCCCAGCCGCGGGCAGCCUGGUGUCGGCCGUGGGCUGCACCGUGCUGCUGACGGCCCCGGCGCUGCGGGGCAGCCGGGCCGUGUCCUGGGAGUACCGAGCGGGCUCCGAGGAGGGGGUCAUCCUCACCUACGGCUUCCCUCACCCCCCCAACGUGUCCCGGCUCUACGAGAACCGCGCCACGUUCAAUGAGUCAAACCUGUCACUGCAGGUGGUGCUGCAGCAUGGGGACAGCCGCCUCUACCGCCUCAGGGCCCAGGAGGAGGCCACAACCUGGUUCCAUCUGCACGUUGUGGAGCCGCUGUCCCCACCAGAAAUUGUGGGCAACUCCUUGGUGAAGGCAGGAGGCAACACCAAACUGGUUUGCACCGUGGUGCGAGGGACAGCAGAUGCCUACUGGUGGAAGAAAAAUGGGGAGCUGCUCGUGGGAAGUGAGCGCAUCCAGUUUGUGGAGAACACCACGCUUCGCAUCCUGCGGGUGUCCAUCAGUGACAGUGGCUACUACACCUGCGUGGUGAGCAACGCCGUGAGCCAGAAUGAGACCUCCUUCCUGCUCAAGGUCCACCACUCUGCCCAUGUGGUGCUGCCUGUGGUCCUGUCCUGUGUCAUGGUCGGCUCACUCGCAGGUGUCUUUGUCUGGUACCAGAGAAGGAAGAACUCAUGUGACAGCUGUUGGUAGUGCUGGAUCAGCCCUGCUGCUACCCUUCCCUGGUGACCCUGGUGAUGGGUACUGCUGGGAGUGCCAGGUGUCCCAUCCCAUCCCAGCCUCUCCUGUGCUCACCUGUGAAAUGUUCAAGCUGCCAGAACCUGCAAAUAUUUUUUUGGAAAACACUGGUUUGGACUAUUUCUAUGUUGUCCUGUUCUUCCUGUUGUGCAUCCCUGGGGAGAGGGAUGUACCUGCUCCCUCCAUCCUCCUGGCUUCCUCCAGAGGCCUCGAUGUGCUCUUGGCUCUGGAAGAGCCACUGUCCCUGCUGGGCAAAUCCACAGUCCUGGGGCUGCUGGGAGGUGCCUCCUGGGGGCCUCCUGGUGUCCUGCUGUGCCAGGGGUUUGCCAGGGGGCUCAGGGGCUGAGGCUCUGGGCAUCCUGCUCCUUGUGACCCUUGGAGGGAGGAAAGGGCAGGAUUGUGCUGGGUGUGCAGCUGGAGGGAGAGGAGGCAGCAGAAGCUGGCAGGGAAUGGGGGAGCAGCAAAGGAGUUAGGUUUCUGAAAGCAGAUCCCAAGGAAAUCCCUGCAGCUGGCUGAAGUGGGGGUGCUCCUGAGCCCAUCUCCUCCAGCCCUGGGCUCUGCAGGAUCGGGGGAUAUCCCUGGGGACAUCCCUCCUCUUCCCAGCACCAGUGCUGGUGCCAGCUUGUCCUUCCCAUUUGCUGUUCCUGCGGGUGACAUCGGCCUUGGCCUGGCUGGAUACAGGGAGCCCUGCUCCUGUCCCCUGAUGUCCUCUCCCUCCCCGUGCUGCCUCUGCAGGGCUUUCCUAGGCUGUGCUGUGGAGGGGAUGUUACUCUUUCGGCUGAGCCUGGAGGCAGAGCAGACAUCCCCAGCCUGGAGAGACCUGGAUCCUUUCCCAGGUGCUGGACCCCACUGUUGGUCACCCUGGAACAUUUGCAUCCCCUCUUAAUCUGAGGGGGAAAUCCCAGGUCCAGGGCCCUCCCUGAGCCAGUCCCCAGCACCUCUGGAGCAGGCUGGGGACCUCUCAAAGGCAAACUGGAAAAUUGUGGGAGAGAUCACUGGGAGAUUCAGGGGCUGUUAGCAAGGGGCCAUCUCAGCCUCGGGUUUUGUGGAGCCAUUAAAGGUAGCAGAGGAGUUUGGGUGGAAUAAAUGAGAUUCCAGUCCUGUUGGAAGCUGCAGGGCAGAUUGUCAUGUUUUCUGUUGCACUAAAAGGUGUAAAAUGUAGCCACACGUUUUAUAAGAAGUACUUUUCUAAAUGUUUUGGGGAGUUGUCUCUGAAUGGUUUUGGAGACUUUGUGUUUUGUUGCUAUCUGUUGCUGCUAAUAAAGAGUGUGUGUUAUCCCAGA